GUUGUCGAUGCAGUGGUUGUCAUUUAGCAUUGAAUGUCGGCACAUGUGAAGUUGAUGAUAAUAAUAACCCUUUAUAAUUGUGAUUGCAGUUUUCUCAAUUAUUAACAAUAAUCGGUGACUUCGCGGAUUUUUUGGGGUUCGAGGGAUUGUCAUGGCAUCUCUCCUGAAAUUCGCGCAGUUCUUGAAGCCUGACAUCAUCAACAAGAUUUCAGUGAGAUGUUUCUCUCGAGGAAGGGCUUUAUGCAGCGAUGAGGGGGAUGAGCUGAAUGAGGUGAGUGAGGCUGGACCUGGUAAAACAGAGAAUAUUCACCCUUCCAAGGAUCGCAGGAAGCCGAUGCCUGUGGAGACCAGCAUUCGCUAUUUAGCCAGUGAAGCAUACAAGGAGACGUACGGCGAAGCCCCCGUCUGGAAGCCCUAUAGAAGGAACCACAAGGGUGGAAUACCCCCUCGAAUGACUAGAAAGACCUGCGUGAGACAAGGAAUAAUCACAACAGGAAACCCCUGUCCCAUCUGUCGAGACGAGUACCUAGUCUUCGACCACAGGAACACAGCCCUGUUGAACCAGUUCAUCUCGGAAUAUAAUGGAGACGUGAUUUCCUACCAAAAAACCGGAAUCUGCCAGAUGCAACACAAGAACCUCCUGAUAGCAAUCUACCGAGCGAAGGACUACGGAACGAUAACAUUCGACUUUCCAAUGCGGAAGUACAACUACUCAGACUACAAUCCAGCCAGUCCCCCCAAGUCCCCAUAAUUCCGCAUCAUCCAGUCAC